AUGGAGAGAGAGAAGCAGAAGAAAGGCCAAAAAAAUGUGUCUAAACUGUUACAUAGCAAAUCAAAUAAAAAUGAAACAGAUAAUAUUGAUGAGCAUGUUUUAAAAAAAUAUGAUAUAAUAAAAAAGAUUGGAAAGGGAGCAUAUGGUAUAGUAUUUAAAGCACGGUGUAAAAAAUCUAGAAAAAUUGUAGCAGUAAAAAAAAUAUUUGGGGCAUUUCAAAAUUCUACAGAUGCUCAAAGAACAUUUAGAGAAAUAAUGUUUUUACAUCAAUUAAAUGGACAUGAUAAUAUAAUUAAAUUAUUGGAUGUAAUGAGAGCAAAAAAUGAUCAAGACAUUUAUUUGGUUUUUGAAUAUAUGGAAACAGAUUUACAUGAAGUUAUAAGAGCAGAUAUAUUAGAAGAAAUUCAUAAAAAAUAUAUAAUAUAUCAAUUAUUACGAGCUUUAAAAUAUAUGCAUUCAGGUUUAUUAUUACAUAGAGAUAUUAAGCCAUCAAAUAUAUUAUUAAAUUCGGAAUGCCAUUUAAAAAUAUGUGAUUUUGGAUUAGCUCGAAGUAUAUCAACAGAAGUUAAUGAAAAUAAAAUACCUGUUUUAACAGAUUAUGUAGCAACACGAUGGUAUAGAGCCCCUGAUAUUUUAUUAGGAAGUACAAAUUAUACAGAAGGUGUCGACAUGUGGUCGCUUGGGUGCAUUAUGGCUGAAUUAUUAUUAGGAAAACCAUUAUUUAGAGGUAAUUCAACUAUGAAUCAGCUCGAAAAAAUUAUUGAAAUAGUUGGAAAACCAAAUAAACAAGAUAUUGAGGAUAUAAAAUCACCAUAUGCUGAAACUAUUAUAUCUUCUUUUGCUGAUACUGGAAAAAAAAAAAAAAAAUUUUCAGAAAUUUUUCAUAAAGCAUCCCAAGAUUCAAUCGAUCUACUUGAACAACUAUUACAAUUUAAUCCAACAAAAAGAAUAACAGCAGAAAUGGCUUUAAAACAUAAAUAUGUAGAAAACUUUCACAAUUUAAUAGAGGAACCAGUUUGCAAACAUAUUAUUACAAUACCUGUUGAUGAUAGUACAAAAUAUCGAGUUGAUUUUUAUCGAAAUAUUGUAUAUUAUAAUAUUUUAAAAAAGAAAAAAAUGUCUAUUCAUAGAGAGCAUUAUACAAAUGCCCAAAUUAGUAAUUCAAAAAAUGAAUCAAUAAAAGAAAACAUGUUAGAAUCGCAAGUAAGUAAUGAUAUAAAAACAGAUCCACAAAUAGGUGCACAAAGAGAUGCUGAACAAGUUGAAUAUGCAACUCAAAAGGGGGAUAAUUAUGAUAUACAUAAAAUGGAUUCAAAAAAAAAUAGAGGAAAAAAAAAACGGCAUUUUAUAUCUAAUUCACCAAAUACAAACAUAGAGACACAUCAUAAGGGUGAACCCAAUUGUAGAGAAAACAAUUUACACUAUUCUGUGGAAAAGAAAGCAGAUGUGUGUGGACCUCAAGGGAAUAAGGAAAAGGGAAGUAAUACCAAAAAAAAAUUGAAAAAUAAAAUAAAAUCGAAGCAAAAAACGGUAAGCACAAAAAAUGGCGAAAAAAAUCCUGGAAAAAAAGAUGCGCUAUACUGUGACAAACCAGAGGCCGCAUACAACAAAAGUUAUGUACACGAUAAAUCAGAAUAUUUGCAUAACAAAAGUUAUGUACACGAUAAAUCAGAAUAUUUGCAUAACAAAAGUUAUGUACACGAUAAAUCAGAAUAUUUGCAUAACAAAAGUUAUGUGCAUGUCAAAAAUGAAAAGCACUACUACGAACAUACAGGUGAAAAUAACGAUGAUAUAAAUGAAAGGGUUGAGCAAAAUGACUAUUAUAAAAAUGUGAUCAAUCCGAACAUUGAAUCUCAAUGUCGAAAUACAAUGUCUAUACAUAAUUAUAACAAUGGACAAGAUUUUAGUAAACAUUAUUUAUAUAAACAAAAGAAAAAAUAUUGA